AUGCCACCCGCCCCCACCAUCUCACUAGAAUGGGCCUUGGACAAGCUUCCGUGGCUGCUGCUAUUGCGUGCGGAAAAUCUUGACAUCAAUUGCGACCUCCAGUGUGUCAGAAUCGAGAAAACAAUCGAAUGUCUACUACCGUACCUAGUACAACUUCAUGGAGAACUUGUGGUCUGCGCUGGAAUGGAAGAGGAUGUGCAAUGGCACGCCAAAGAAUGUAAUAUAGUUGUAGGAGUGGCCGAUAUAGUGGCCCGAGUCGAUGUGUACUUGACGUCUGUGUUUGCAUGGUGUGUCAAACUAGAGGAUCUGAGAUUGUGUCUGGGCUUGAAGGAUCUCACCAUGCAUACGUUCGAUGUACAGCAGUUGGUUAUACCCUUGAAAAAAAAAUGUUUGAUGGCCUCAAGACUAGUUGAGAUGGAGACGUAUCAAUUGAGUGCCCUUAUAGAGGAGGUAGCUGGCUGCACUGAAGAACUUCUGAAAAUUCGCAGCUCCCAGUUAGGAGAUGAAAUUCUUGCAAAUACGAAUCUCGGAGAGGUAUUCAAUCUUAUCCAAUGCAAUGACAUCAGUCAUCUGUCUGGUUACUCCGCCAAAUUGGCAGCACUAUCAGUACUCUCGCCCUCUGACGGAAGUCUACUAAGCGCUCUACAGCAUUUAUCAUGCCGUAUUGAUGCGAUGCGCUUUUCGAUGGUUCUUUUCACCCAGCAAGCUACCGACUUCCUUCAGCAGUGCAAUAGGCACUUUCCAAAGAGUUGCCAACAGCUACAAAGACGAAUCGCCGCCCUCGAAGAAGAAUGGGCGAGAACGCUGACAGAAUACACUUUGAGCAAGUCUGUUCUUCUAGAUCGCAAUUGCAACUCUCUCUUCCUGUUUUUGGUCAAUCAAACUAUCCUGGCGGUUGUUGAGCUAAAGGCGCGGGCGCACUCCUUGACCGAAGACGCUAUGGAAGAUGCAGAUCGGAUUCAGUUGAAACUAUGUUCUGGUGUCAUCAACUUUGUUCACAAUGCUUUUCAGGAGGAGACUGUUGCGAGGCCAGAGGUGAUAGCCAAGUACAAUGAUGUACUUCUCUCCGAGUGGGAACAAUUGAAUCAUGCACUUCUAGAUCCAUCUCCUCAAACCGAUCAUGCUGCAAAUCAAGCUGAAUCUCCCUUUUGCGAGCUACGAUCUCCGUUCAAUGAAAAUAGACCGCCAAAUACCCACAAAACUCCCGACUUUCUACGCUGUUUGACUCUUCUGAGAACGAGUCUGAACAUGGCUGAGAGCGCAGAGGUCACUCCUGAUACAACGCCGCGAAAUACGCCUGUCAUUGAGUUCAAACCUCAUGCACUUGUGUUGCCUAAACGAAAUGUCUCCAAGCGUGAUGAAGAGAAGGUGGUUGGACUCGGACUUGAUCUUGGAUUAGAGUUCAAUCAAUCUUCAACAGUUCCGUUGAGUGUAAUGAAAAAGGAUAGGAUAAUUAGUUUGAACGUCGAUCCAGCUACUGUUAAAGGCUUCAACUUGCGUGACAAACUAAGUCAGCUUCAAGAAUCUUCGACAGUUUCUAAACUAGGCUCUCCCGCAAAAUUGCAAGAAGCCUCCAUCGGAGACAACAGCUCACGAAUUCCUAGAAUUCUGAAUAAUAUCGCGGCUGCGCAGAUCCCCAAAAUCGAGAAACAGAGUGCUAAUGGGUCGAGGAUCCCGGUGAUCUCCCGCACCCACCCAGUAUUCUCAUCCAUCGCAGACAAAGCGCUAGCAAAAGAGUUUGACGAACAAAAUGACCACUUCGCGGAGAAGUCAGUUCUCUACACAAGUCUCAGAACACCUCCAGGCUUCAACCUCAGCUCCAUUAGAGACAGCUCCACACCUCGGUCGACACACAGAGUUCCAUCACAUACAACCGCCAGCUAUUGUUUGGGUCUCAUGACUCCCAACAACACGCUUGGCUCAGUUGCUGAACAGUACACUCCAGAAGUACUCGAUUGGGGGUCGCGUUCACUGCUGCGACAAAGAAGCAAACACGCGGCGGCGACACCCGCACACAAGCAUCCCAAAAAGCCAUGGAAAUGA